AUGUCGUAUCCUUUGAAGGAUCCGAGUUCACUGGAAGCUCAACCUGAGACAAUGAAUAAGUUCCAGUCAACCGCAUUUUCAGAUUCCGGAAAGAAAUUAAAUGUACCUCCAGUACCUCUUUCAGAGUGUUCCAAUAUUGCUAAGACGCCAAAUGCUGCUUGUAGGAAAUGCGUGAAACCAUUGUUGGUACCCCUCAAGACCGCAUGGAAGGCAUAUGCCAAGCCAGUCAUCGCCAACACGAAGACUUUCGGUGCAUGGCCAGUUAUUCGCGGCUACAACUCCAGACAUGGCAGGGUACCGACAACUCCGUUCCGCGUGUUCAAGUUGUUCAUUUUACGCUGAGUGUGGUACGGGCGUGGUUCACUCGUUUUGAUAUUUUUUUGCAUCCACCUUGGUGGCAUUGGAGGGAGACACGUUUUUCGUUUGUUUUUGGUGGAGUAUCGGAGUGAUUUAACGUCAACUGUGUUCGUAGAUGUAGCAUUCAACAUGUUCUGGGGCUACUCUGGAUAUUCCAUAACCAUCUAGUAGAGCCGUAUCGUAAUCUUAC